AAAAAAUAUAACUAUUUUUGUUUCAAUUAUUUAAAUUGGUUUUGUGUAUAAUUAGAAAGAUCAGGAUACUUGAUAUGGAGGUGAUUGUUUGUGAUGACCACGUCUUGUAAAGGAGUCAGUUGUCUUUUCCGUAUACUUUACAUUCAUGGCCCAAAUUUUAGAGGGUGUGGCAUUAGCACGCCAAAUCCGGGAAUCUUUACGCGAACGCGUUUCUUCCAUAAAAACAAAAUGCCCUACGUUUCAACCUGUCCUAAAGAUCAUUCAGGUUGGUGCACGCGAGGAUUCUAGCGUUUACGUGCGUAUGAAAAUGCGUGCUGCUGCUGAGACCGGUAUCAACUGUGAACACAUCAAUUUCCCUGCCGACAUUUCCGAAUACGAGUUGUUAUUGGUAUUAAAACAAUUGAAUGAAGACCCUUCAGUUCACGGAGUCCUCGUUCAAUUACCCCUUCCUGCACAUCUGGAUGAACGCCGUAUCACCGAGUCUGUCAGCGUUGAAAAAGACGUGGAUGGCUUCUGCGAAGGGAAUCUUGGUAGACUUGCUAAACGUGGUAGUGAUCCUCUUUUCGUUGCCUGCACCCCUAGAGGUGUCAUGGAGAUGUUAAAACACUACAACAUUUCCAUCGCGGGCAAGCAUGCCGUCGUUAUUGGACGUAGUAACAUCGUUGGUUUGCCCAUGAGCUUGCUUUUAGAAAAGGCUAAUGCCACUGUUACGCUAUGCCAUUCGAAAACAGAGGCUAUUUCUGAGGUUGUAAAAACCGCUGAUAUUGUCGUCUCUGCUAUUGGUUCUGCUCAUUUCGUAAAAGCCGACUGGUUUAAGAAGGGCUCUGUCGCAAUUGAUGUCGGAAUCAAUUACAUCCCCGAUUCCUCCAAAAAAUCUGGUUAUCGCAUGACCGGUGACAUUGAUUUUGAAAAUGCAAAAGAAGUUGUGAGUGCAAUCACUCCAGUCCCCGGAUCGGUUGGUCCUAUGACCGUCGCCAUGUUGAUGCAAAAUGUUGUGGAAUCAGCCAUUCGUUGUAAGGACUUGUCUCGUAAGCGCAUGCCUUCUCUUUUGCCUUUGAAGUUACAAACUCCUGUCCCCAGUGAUAUAGAUAUUGCUAGAUCUCAAACUCCUAAAUUCAUUGGUGACUUGGCUUCUGAAAUUGGCAUUUCCAAGAGUGAAUUAGAAUGCUAUGGCGCUUAUAAGGCCAAAGUGAAUUUGGACUUGUUGAAACGUUUAAGCCAUCGUCGUGAUGGCCACUACGUUGUAGUCACCGGUAUCACUCCUACACCUUUUGGUGAAGGUAAAAGCACCCUCACCGCCGGACUCGUCCAAGCUCUUUCCAACUUGGAUAAGCUUGCUAUCGCUUGUGUUAGACAACCUUCUCAAGGUCCAACAUUUGGUAUCAAGGGCGGUGCUGCUGGAGGUGGUUAUUCUCAGUUUUUCCCUAUGGAAGACUUCAAUCUUCACUUAACCGGUGAUAUUCAUGCCAUUACGGCAGCUACAAAUCUUCUUGCUGCUGCUAUUGAUACUCGUAUCUUUCACGAAAAUACCCAAAGUGAUACUGCUUUGUUUAAACGCUUAACCACCGUGAAGGGUAAUAAAACUGAAUUUGCACCAGUAAUGUUUCACCGCCUUCAAAAACUCGGCAUCCACAAACAAAAACCAGAAGAAUUAACCGACGAAGAGAAGUCACGAUUCGCCAGAUUAGACAUUGACCCUUCAACCAUUUCUUGGAAUCGUACAUUGGAUAUCAAUGAUAGAUUCCUUCGUAAAAUAACUAUUGGUGAAAACCCUACCGAAAAGGGCUUUACUCGCCAAACCGGCUUUGACUUAUCGGUUGCUAGUGAAUGUAUGUCGGUAUUGGCUUUAGCUACCGACUUGAAAGAUAUGCGCGCACGCUUGGGUAAAAUGGUUGUUGCCAGCAACAAACAAGGUGAACCUGUUACUGCAGACGAUUUAGGUGUUGGUGGUGCUCUUGUUGUAUUGCUUAAAGAUGCUAUAAAGCCCACAUUGAUGCAAACUCUUGAGGGUACCCCGGCACUUGUUCAUGCAGGACCAUUCGCAAACAUUAGUAUAGGUGCUUCCUCUAUCAUUGCAGAUAAAAUUGCUCUAAAGUUGGCAGGGACAGAGCCAGAUGAAGAUGAACAUAAGGAUGCUGGUUAUGUCGUUACCGAGGCAGGAUUUGCUUCUGAUAUUGGCAUGGAGAAAUUUAUGAAUAUCAAGUGUCGUACUUCUGGCCAUAAACCUGAUGCCGUCGUUAUUGUUGCUACUGUACAAGCCCUUAAACUUCAUGGUGGAGGUCCUCCAGUUGGUCCUGGUAAACCGAUUCCCAACGAAUACAAGAACGAAGACGUAGGACUUGUUAGAAAGGGAUGUGCAAAUCUUGCUAAGCAUAUUAGCAAUUCUCGUAAAUACGGUCUUCCUGUUGUGGUUGCAAUUAACAAAUUUGCGACUGACUCUGAGAGUGAGCUUUUAACCAUCCGUGAAGAAGCUCUACGUGCUGGAGCUACGGAUGCCGUUGUAUCUAAUCACUGGGCCGAAGGCGGAAAAGGUGCAUUGGAUGUCGCUCGUGCUUUAAUCCAUGCCUGUGAGAAUGAAAAGGCAGAUUUCCGAUUCUUAUACGAUUUGAACUUGCCGAUUGAAAAGAAAAUUGAAAUCAUUGCUAAGGAGAUGUACGGAGCCGAUGGAAUUGAAAUGAGUCCUUUAGCACAAGAAAAAUUAAACCGUUUCACUGAGCAAGGAUACAGCCAUUUACCCAUCUGUAUAGCAAAAACGCAAUACAGUUUUUCAGCUGAUCCAGAACUUAAAGGUGCACCAACGAACUUUACCGUUCCUAUUCGUGACAUGCGUUUGAGCGCGGGUGCUGGAUUCAUCUAUCCUUUAGCAGCUGCUAUAUCCACCAUUCCUGGCUUGCCAACAAAACCUGCUUAUUACAAUAUUGACUUAGAUGAUGAGGGUAAUAUUCUUGGUUUAUCAUGAACAGGUACAAUGGUGUCAUUUACCUUUGAGACCAAAAACUUGUCCUAGAGCUUGGGAGUUUUUCAUCAAACUCCCAAGUAGCUGUUCUUUUUUGUUUCACUCUUUUAAUUGUUCAACCAAUUAAUCUUUUUGAUAUAACUAAUACUACCCUUAAUAUAAUGCCUAAUUCAUUUCAGUAUUCUAUAUGAUCUCCUCCUAUAGAUUUUAUGAGUAUUGUCUUGGAGCUUGCAAAAAUGACGAGUUGAUUUAGAACGAUUACGAUAAUAGUAUGUAUGUGAUUCAUCUCGUAUAUACCCAAGAAGCUUCCAUUGCAGACACCGAUGAGAAGCCGGGCUGCCUUUGUAGCUACAAAAAACAUAACUACUAUUUAUUUCAAAAUCUGUAGUUGAUGUGAAAAAAUAUCAGAUAUUAGAUUCGAUCAAGUCUUAUAUAAAAAUAGAUGUGUACUACCAUUCGUAUAGCAAGACAUUGAAGGCGAAAAAUUGUUAAACUAUGUUACAUACAUAGCUUCAUUUAAGCCUUCAAGUUGUUGAUGGCUAAAAGUUGGACAUCGCUAAGGAGCAUUAGCACAGAAAUAGUAAAUAUGCAGCAAAAGAUUUACUUACAAGACAAGAGUACUGUUAGGGGGAAUCAAGCCAGGGAAUCCACGAGGGCUGCAAAGAAUUGGUUAGCAUGCGAAAAAAAAAAACAUAAAGAAAAUUACGAACCCAUAACCAUAGUCAGAAGAGAUGGUAAGCUUGGCCUUUUCGCCUAAACUCAUUUGAGGAACACCUUCAUCCCAACCGCCUGUUUAAUUCAUUAGAAGCAAGAAAACGCGGAAAUUUAAAGAUAUCUAGAAAAUACAUACGGAUCAAUUGACCAACGCCG